AGAAAAUUCUGGCUCAAAAACACUGGAGCAAUGGCGGAGACAGCCACGCUGAGACAAAGACAGAAGCCCAACAAGGAGAAGGAAGAGCCAACCGAGAAGGAGCCGGCCGAGAAGGGUGAGGGAAAGGCCAACAAAAAGGCCAAAGACGAGGAUGGGCCUAGGCCCGAGGUAGGCGCAGCAGACACUGCUGCAAAGAAGCAGACAGUCGGGGAAACCUUCAUGAAAUCCUUGACGAACACGACCACAUUGAUCAUGAUGGCAGCUAUGGGCAUGAGCCUUUGGAACAACCGUAAUGACAAGGACCAAAGCUGGGGUUUGUAUGUGGUGCCGGUGGUGCUGGUGGCCAGCCUGCUGCUGGGUUCGGUGCUGGUCACUAAGCUGGAAAACUCCGAGUGGCGAAUGAAGCUACGCGCAGAGGCGGACCGGCAAAAGUGUACAGCGAGUCCACGCGUGCCAUUGCACGUGACACAGGCGGCAGCCAAGGAGCGCGAGGAGAUGGCCAAAAAAGGGCUGACGCAGCACGACUUGAAUGAAGCAGCCAUGAACAUGGGAAUGCAGCCUACAAACAUUGGCCAAGGCUGAAUUUUCCAGCCGGCUCACCUAUUGAACUCUUAACACCUGCCGCCUUGCAACAGCCAAGCUGCUGCAACUGGUUGGCCGCCUAUGUGUACUGCCGAUGCGAGUCGGCCGGCAGACGGACAGAUCUAAUUUGCAGCCGGCCUUGCCCAUGACCUUUGUCGGUGGAGCCGCAGGGUGAAGGGGAGGAACGCCUGGCGCAAGCAGAGCCAACAAACAUGGAGCGUGUGCUACGAGCCUUACGGGCCUUCAUGCAGAACUCCGAAGGCUUGCAGUUACGUUUGACUUCCUUGUGAGCUCAAGCGCUUGUGCAGCCACAGCCAUUCCAGCCAGGGUGUCAAUCAAUGCAGGAGGCGUGGGUUUCUUCUUGGGUUGUGUCAAAGGC